AUGAGUAUGAAUCUGAAUGAUGAUUUAGUUGCAGAGAUCAUCUCCUACCUGCCUUUGAAACUUGCUAUUCAAUGUAAAGUUAUAAGCAAGAAUUUUAAUCGAUGGAUCUCUGAUCCUAAAUUUUGUAAAACUUUGUUCCAACAUCAAAAGUUGUCAACACUAGUUUUGGCUUAUAAAGUAAAUGGUGAAACCAGUGGCUUACAAAAAUACUUCAAAAACCUUAGUAUCCCAACAAUCGAUGGCCCGUUUCAUACUGAACCCUUUGGAUUUAGGAUUGUGGCUGAAUCCAAGGGUCUGCUUCUACUUGUCUUUUCUCGACUUGGGCUAUUCUGUAUUUUCAAUCCUAUAACUGGAGCUCAUCAAUUCAUACCAUACCCUGACCAUUAUCGUCGUAGGGUAAUUGAUCAUGCACGCUUAUUUGUUGAUUACCCUGCUUCAGAUCAAUAUAAAUUGGUAACCCUUGAGAUACUGGAUCAACGAAAACCAAAAUAUAAAAUUCAUAUACUUGAGCCAUAUGGGUUAAUGUGGCGUGAAUUUCAACUCACAAGGGCUAAAAGGAUUAGUAUUAAAAAACCUGAGCACGGUUCCCUCUUGCAUUGGGUCAUACAUGAUGGACUUAUUCUUGUUUUUGAUGCAAAGAGAGAAGAGGCUACAAUUCUUAACCCGUCCAAGUUCAUCAGUAUUCAUCAUAAGCCAAAUCCAAAUGCGAGGAUCUGGCACUGUUCCAGUCGAAAGUUAGUUAUGGUGCAAGGACAGCUUACAUUCGUUCAUACCUACCACAAAUGGACAAUCAUUGCUGUUUAUAAUUUUGAAAGCAGAAAUUGGAGAGUUUCCCCUGCUUUCGAGCCACGCACUUAUGCUUGUCUUCCAAUCUACAUUGACGGUAAAGAGGUCCUAUUCCUAGUUGGUGGUGGAUAUCUGUAUGAAUAUGAUUUUGAUAGGAAUACAAUCAAAAAAGUUGCAGAUUAUAGCGACAUAAGCUAUGGAGUUCCUUCUGUCAUCUAUCCCUUCAAACCAUCACUAGCCUCUGUCCAUGAGACACUCGCUGGAACAGUUUAUGCUAACCAUCUCCCCAGCAUUAUUGCAAUCUUAGAUGAGCUCAAAAGAUGUAUUACCAUCUAG